CGCUCAUCUGUCUAGCGAUCGUCCACGAAGCAGCCACAGGUGAUUUUUGUAAACAGUGGUCGACGGGUUAGCAUUGAUGCGGCGAUGUGAACGUUGCUUUACGUUUUCGGUCUGCUUUUUGCUCGCGUCAGCUCCACAAAUCCAGUGACACUGUCGUGCGCGUGACCGAUGCGUUCAACGCUGCACCAUGUGGAUGAAACCGGAGGAGAUUCUUCUGGCGAACGCUCUAUGGGUGACGGAGCAGUCGAACGCCUUCUUCACCCUGCAGAGGCGGAAAGGUCACGGCACCAAGGGUCUAUCUUCGGUCCUCGUAGGCACACUCGAUUCAGUAUUUGACAGCAAGCCUGCCCCAUAUAGAAUACUGCACCGGACGCCCCUUUCUGAAGUCAGCUAUGUUGUGGCCACCUCACUGUCACGCGAGGAGAUCUUCCAGAACUGGGCCUGGAUUGAGCAGAACCUCCUCGAGACACUCAAGUCCUUCGACUCCGAGGACGAGGCGACGGAGUUUGUGUGCUGCAAGAUCCGCAGCCUGGUGGCGCAGCGUGAGGUCUCCCUGCCGGAGGUGGACCACGACAAUGCACAGUUCCGGCUCAACGCCAGCCGCUUUGCCUCCAUCUUUCACCUGCCCCCACAGGAGAAACUAGUCAACUACUACUCGUGCAGCUUCUGGAAGGGUCGUCUCCCGCAGCAGGGCUGGCUCUACCUGAGCAUGCAGCACCUGGCAUUCCACUCGUUCCUCUUUGGACAGACCACCCGACUGCUGCUGCGGUGGACCGACAUCACGGAACUAGAGAGGAGCAACAAUUUCCUGUUCCCAGAGACCAUCAUGGUCGCCAGCAGACAGAAGAAACACUAUUUUUCCAUGUUCACGAACAUCGUAGAGACGUUCACCCUCAUGGAGCAGUUGGCAAACCUUGCCAUGAGACAGCUCAUCUCAGAGGAGACGUUUGAGGCAGACGCGCAGCUUUCGCGAAAGCUCAGCUGUAAUGCACCCAAGAAGCUUCCACUGCUCAAGAGGGACCUGGACGCCAGGGCCCAGAGCGAGACCUACCGGACCAUGUUUCGUCUGCCGCUGGACGAGCGGCUAGACGGAAGCCUGGAGUGCUGCCUCUGGACGCCGUACAACAAGCAGGCCGUGCGUGGGAAGCUCUACCUGUCGCCAAACUACAUCUGCUUUGAGAGCCGGGUCAAGAACCUGGUGUGUCUGGUGCUUCCCCUGCGGCUACUCCAGGUGACGGAGAGAGUGGACAGCCACCACUCGCUCUCAAACGCACUUCUGCUCACCACCAGGAACAAGGUAAACUUCCUGCUUGCUCAAGUUGAGGGGCGGGACUUCCUCAUCGAGAAGAUUUCUGAACUCCUGGCCAAACUACCUCAGCACAAAGAAAUCCCUUGUCCAGAGGACGACAGUACCUCCCUUGCAUCUUCAAGUUCGUCAGCAUCAUGGGAGCCAGAAGCAUCGCUAGCGUCACGCUUUGAGCUGCCCCGUUCGCCGGAGGCCCAGGAAGCCGAGACCCAGAAAGAGAAGCAGUGGGAAGAGCACUUCGCCGAAUAUGGACGGGGCCUGUGUACCUACCGCACCAGCAAGGCCCAAGAGCUUGUCUUGGCGGGCAUUCCAGACAGCCUCAGGGGUGAGCUCUGGAUGCUGUACUCAGGGGCCAUCCAUGAGCUGGAGACUCAUCCAGGCUACUACCGGCGGGCAGUGUCCGAGAGCAUGGGCAAGCGCAACGUGACCAGCGAUGAGAUCGAGCGCGACCUACACCGCUCGCUGCCCGAGCACCCGGCCUUCCAGAGCCCCCAAGGCAUCAAUGCCCUGCGGAGGCUUCUCAAUGCCUAUGCAUGGCGCAACCCAGCGAUUGGCUACUGCCAGGCGAUGAACAUCGUGGCCUCGGUGCUGCUGCUGUACGCGUCGGAGGAGGAGGCUUUCUGGCUCCUGGUGGCCCUGUGCGAGCGGCUACUCCCCGACUACUACAACACCAAGGUGGUUGGUGCCCUCAUCGACCAGGGUGUACUGGAGGAUCUAGCAAGAGACCACAUUCCGGAGCUGUACACCAAGCUGGACUCGCUGGGCGUGCUAUCUAUGAUCUCACUCUCCUGGUUCCUCACCAUCUUCCUCAGUGUGAUCCCGUUCGAGUCAGCUGUCAACAUUGUUGACUGCUUUUUCUAUGAUGGUGCCAAGGUGGUGUUCCAAAUGGCGCUUGCCGUGCUCGAGGCCAACCAGGAGCGGCUGCUGAGCUGCAAAGACGACGGCGAGGCCAUGAUGGUUCUCUGCAGCUACCUCGAGAAUGUGCACAACCCGCAGGCGGGCAUCUGCUCUCGGUCAGCGUCUCAACCUGCAACAGAAUCCAAGGCAACCGUGGAUAUUUCGACUCUAGUCUACGACUCGUACAGCAAGUACGGCUUCCUCACAUCGAGCAUGAUAGAGAAGCUUCGCCUCAAGCACAGGCUCAGUGUUGUCCAGGGUCUGCAAGACGCCAGUGUGAAGAACGUGCUGAGGAGCCUGAGCCUGGACCCCCGCAUCUCGGCACUCCUGACGCAGGAUGAGCUCAGCGAUCUGGUGGCACUCAUCAGGGAGCAGCAACUGAGCCAGCACAGCUGGGGUACGGGACCGCCAGGCGUGGCUCCGCCCAACGUCGACACUGGCGCCCCCUAUGGCGAGCAGCUGUUCCACCUGGAUAUGGACCAGUUCCUCAGCUUCCUGGGUGCCAUGGGCCCAUGGAGUCGUGGCGAGCAUCCACGUCGUCUAGGUGUGCGUCUGUUCAGGCUAGCCGACACCGACUGCGACGGAUGGGUGAGCCUGGCCGACUUCUGCCGGAUUCUGGCUAUGUCUUCGCGUGGUGACAUGGACGACCGGCUGCGGCUCCUCUACGGCGCUCACUUGGCCGUCUGCCAGCCAGGCGAUGUCGAAGAUUCUCAACGAGACUCUGCAGACGACAGCCCCGAGCAGGAGAGCACCGAAGUUGCUACCGAGGCAGAGGAGUACUUCAGCUCCUUGGAGGAGGGGGCCUCCGUCGACCAGGUCUUGUCUUCUCCUGCCCCGGAGGGUGGCGCACAGGUUUCGCAGCAGCCACAACUGCAGCAGCGGGUGGAGCUUCUCGACGCCGUGCUCCAGCGCAACCGAGACACGGACUCGUUCUUUGGCUCGACCUCGCUGAGCAGCAGCUAUGGAAGUAGUGGAGAUCCCUCUAGGUCUUCCAGCAAGUCGUCGGACAUAACCCUUCCUGACAUGAACCAGGAGCAGUUUGUCCAGAUGUGGCAGACCGUGUACAACCUGUUUGUGGGCCACCCGGAUGAGCAGGACUUCUACCAUGCUCUCGCUUGCACAGGAACUGAGCUGCUGCAAAUGGGAGAGAUGAACCACGAAGCCAAGACUAAGCCAGAAGACUCGGCAGGCGAGCAUUCUGGCGGAGAUGGGACGCAUCAGGAGGCUCCCCGAGACGGCACUGUUGCAGCGGCGGCAACCGUGUCGUCGGACAUAUGGGACCAGCACUGGCACAUCAGUUUCCAGCAGUUCCGCGCGUGCUUGCACAAAGACGAACACCUAGCACGCUUUUUCGACUCCAAGACGGCUGUGUCCGGAGCACUGGAGGGGCUUCGCAGCAGCCGGCUCCAGCAGCGAGCCUCCAGCACGCCCCCGCUUACGGGCGCUGUCAAGGUCUGAAGAGGCUCCGCAGUGCCGAGUUGCGACGCUACUAUGCUGAGGAGACGUGACGGUUCGAACGCUGUAGUGGGGACUGACCUGCAAGCGAGCGCUUCUACUGUGCCGCGAUGCACGCUCCACGUAAAGAGAAAUGGUGUAUAAUUAUUCGUCUGUACAGCACACGUUGUUUGUGAAUUGUUGAUGGCUGCGACCUUGUUGACAUGUUGUAACUUUUGUACAACACAACCCGAACACUGCAGCGUCUCCUGGAGCUGUAGGAGUCCAGGCGCUGCAAGUCUCAUAUGAGAAAGGAAGGCCUUGCAGCAGGUGACAAUCUGGCUCCCACUUGCAAGACGUACUGAAACGCCGUGAAGCUUUGAAGAACAAAGCAGAUGGCUGUGCAUUAUGAACAUCCUCGCAUAGCUGAAGAAUCUGAGUGUUUGAACGUAACUGCAAACAUCCCUGCAGAGAAGAUUCGUUUCGGAAAACAUUCGAAGAUACAUGUCCGCGCAUCUGCACGCUAAGAUUAGGCUGGCAUUGUCUGUGGAACAAGACUGCAGAGUGCUGGUGCAAUUUGCAGUUGAACAGGAUGAUUCAUUACAGUUUGAGAUCAGCAUGGCUGUUCAGCAAUGCUGAGAGAUGCAUGCUGCACGGGAAUUGAGAUCACUGCAAGCUCCAGUUGUCUGUGCAUCUUGGACAGCCUCUUCGCCGAGCAAGCUGGCACCCUUGCGAGUUCAGUGAAUGACUUUCAUUCUAAACUUCAGCUCCUGCUUCUGAUAUUCUUUUUGUGGCCAACUUCAGAGGCAUGAGCCAAGCAAAAGGAGCAAGAAAUUUCACAACUGGAAAUCUUUUCUCAUAUGACUUGCUAACCUGUUCAAUGCUGAACCAAGUUGGAAUUUUUCAGAAAUUGUUAAUGGCGUUGAACUGCUGGAAGUGGACUGCCGCACCUCUGCAUCACGUACCACUGCGCCAUUUGCCGCAUGAACAUUGUGCGGAUAUGCUCUUGCAGCAGCCUGAAGAAAGUGCCAUGGACCAAGAAUUGAUUUCGCAGUGUGGAAGUGGCGGUAUUUUGUGCGAGGCUGUGCUCUGCUGGUGCCGUCCUUUGAUUGAAGUUCUAAUUUUUUAUGCACCAUGAGAAAGAGCGCGUAUAUGGAAUGGUACCGUUUCAUGUUGUGUAGCCUGACAAUAUGUAUCGGACCUCUGACCAGUAUUGGGCUGCCUGCACAUAGCAGCUGGCCUUUCGGAAUAGGCCAUCCUAGGCCUUACUGGUACACUAUUUUAAAGACUUACACCCUAUGUGGUGUAAAAAAACUACGCCUAUUUUACACCCUUGGUGUGUGAAAUUACACCUUUCGUCAUUCUAUGCCUUCUACGGUGUAAAAUUAUGCCUUUUGUACUGCCAGAUUGUCUUGCAGUGAUAAUGACCAUUUCUGAGUACAUUUGUUUUUCCUUUUCUUUAAAUGCAGCUCGCCUUGUACUUUCUUGUUGAGGAUGCGAUGGGAUGCUCAGAGAUGCAUAGCACUACUUACAGGAAAGUGACAGGCACACAGCGUUGAUGAGAGGAAACGCGUACAUGAAUGGCAGUACUGUUGCAUUGUGAAAAUUAUGUCCAGGAGGGUGAUAAAUAUUGGAGACUGCACUGUGUGGAAGUUGCAUUCUCGGUUUAUAUCUGCAUGUGGUUUUUUAAUUGCACAAGGUCUGCUCGCACUCCAUCAGCAUCUUAACGGGCAUGCAUUUGCCGACAAGCCACAGCAGUUGUCACUUCGGCAGUGCUUUGAGCCUACUAAUUGUUGCAUGACCUGGAAUCCCGAGUCACGGAACUUUGAACUUGGAAAUGGGCCACAUGAAUUUCGGAGACUCUUUGAGUUGCUUCAUAAUUCAGAAGACAUCAACUCGGCAUAGCUCCAGCAUGAAUACUUGUCUUCUGCCAGAGGAGCUGGAGGGUUUUCUUGCAAUUUUCUUUGUUUCUUUUCGUUUUUUUUUUUUUUUUAAUCUUUUCAUGUUUCUAUCAGCUAUAGUUGACAGGGAGCCACAAAUUUCUGUUGUGGCUUCCUGCAUCACUCACGUUCACCAAUGUUCACUCACUCAAACUGCCCUAUCUAUUGCCUCCAAUACGGCAGGUACGCUGCUCAAUUUCGCACAUGUUGGAUUCGACGUACGCUUUAACGAUUUUGCUCAUGUGUGUGUGAAAUUUGUCAGUGUUGUCAUAAAUGCGUGUUGUUGCAUCUCUAUUUUUUGUUGCAUACCCUGCCCGCAUCCGCUGGAGUUGCCACGGUGACAGGCAACCCAAAUUUGAGGAGCUUGUGGUCAUGUACUGAGUGCUGCGGUCCUCUUAAAAGAUGGAUAUGAUCUUAAAAGAUGAAAGAUGGAUGCAACCCUUCUAGCUAAUCGGCUUCCUUGUUUGCCCUCCUAAUUUUUGCGCCGCGAUAUGGCAUUUGACAGCAAGUGUUAUAACUAACGCCAUGUUGCCAGUACUACAUAUGGGGGCAGGUACUCUCCUAUUUUGUGUAGGAUCUAAUGAAAUGUGUGCACGCUCAUGGCAGUGCUAAACCUGACAAGAAAAAUGAAUCGGGAGGAAGAGUGCUGCCAUCUAUGGGCACAUAGGCAAUGCGCCUGUUGCUGAGCGCAGAUAAUGCAGCUAAUAAAUUGCUCCACCAUUGGUUGCACUUAUAAAGUCUUUCUUGACCCAGUAAUGUUGCAGAUGAUGUGCGCUUAUGUUUUAAAUAAUAAAACGAUUAUGACGCAAACGAGGGACGCCUAAUGCAGCAAUGUCGAGGGUUUUUUUUUUUUUUUUCAAUGCAUUGGUCUGAAUAUAAUUACAGGUGAUUUCUUAAGCUAAUAUACAGGGGAAAAAAAUGUGCAGUAUACUUGUGUAAAUAGUAGUGCUAGCCAAAACACCAAAUAUUAUGAUAACAAAGUUUCCAAUGGCACAUCUGAGAGGAGCAAUAUGUUUUUUGUAUGGUGUGGCAUUUGUUGGUGACAAUGACAAAGUGGUUUUGGGGUGAGCUUUUUUUUUUUUUUUGAAGAAGAAGAAGAAGAAAAGCAGCUUAUGCUUAGUGAAAUAAAAUGCAGUGCUUACGUUGCAUAACACUCAUUUCGAUAUAACAGUAGUGGAAAUCAGUGUUGCAAUUUUUUUUUUUUUCAACAGAACUUCUGUGAAAUGAAAUUCCAAGACCUGCUACAAUCCACUAAAUGUUUGGCUAGGAUGGUAAACAGAACUCGAUGCCAAAUGCCACGUCUGUGUAAGAUUUGAGCACCAAUUAGUCGUAUUCUAACCAGGUCAUCAAUUAGUUCAGCAAUGCUCAGCACAUGAUUCACUCUCAAUUUGAACUGUCCUUGUAUGAGCGCUUGGCUUGUUUAUCAAUAUGUGUUUGUUUGUUGAACACGUAUUGCUUACCUAAAUAUUUCCAGGUUGGAAGACAAUGCCACGCACAUACCUUACAUUACUCCUCGGAUGUGCGGCAGGUCAUUGAUCCGCAAUCAUUUCCUGAACAUGUUUCCAUCAUUGCACGUCAGGUCAUGAAAGAAAGAAUUUCACCACUUGCUGACAUGCUAUAAUGCAGGAACACAAGUGAGUGCUAGUUUGUUAAUGUUAGUUGUUCGCAUUCCGUUAUGGCUCAGAAGGGCAUGGUUUUAAUGGAUGUUUUACUGGCAGAUUCUGGCCUUGCAUUUUGACUGAAGCACAAGCGACGUGCAGAGCAGAGCUCGCAAAAGCCACCGCAUUUUGUGACAGUGCCUGUUUAUGACGCUGGACAUGUUAGUGAAGCCUAGCUGCACGCUUUUCUUUUUGCAUGUUUUGGUAGCACAGGUCAAGAGCCAUUUGCUCGUUUAAAAGCACCAACAGAAGCCAUGCUUGACGUUGCCUUUGCAUGUGAACGCACGGUUACAGCGAACGAGCCUCGUAAAGUUGCGUGUACUCAUACCAUGUUAACUAGUGAUAAUCAAGAUGUUGCAUUCGACGCUGGAAGCAAGACCAGAUAUGUCUUUGCCAAGCAUGCAUUUUGGCUUUUUAGGCGCACCUGUUAUAGCUCACAUCAAAGAUUUUAUCGAAAAGACUAGCACGGUCUCUGCUCAGUAGUAAAAUACGUGUUUAUAGGCAUAUAUUUUGUUACACGGUACACUGAACAUGUCAUCCAUGUUCUUGUGUGGGAAUUUUACCAGCAUGACAAGUACAGUGCUCACUUAGAUCUGGUAUGCAUAAGCCAAAGUAUCCUAGAAACUAAACUAGUUAUUUUAACAGUUAUUAAACUUUGAUUAUACAUAAUCCGAUCUAUGUAAACUUAUCUUUUAUCGAAUGUGCGCAGCAUUAGGAAGAACAUGCCUGAUGCAUGCAAACCAACAUUGCCACGUUAACAAAGUUUAUGUAAAUCUUGUAGCAGCCAUUGUAACCUAGCAUUUCAGGAAUCUAGUCGCAAUCAUUUACGGAAGCACUGGAACGUUAAUGUUCGAAAUAGUUUCUGCUUCAGCUCAUCUCUUCUUAUUGCUGUCUUUUUUUUUUUUUUUCUGUCUGGGUAUCGAGGUAGAUUACUAUUCAAUCUUCUGCAACUCUGCAAGCUGUCCUAAUUAGCAUGCUUCUGACAGCUUCGAAAGCAGUCUCAUUUAGGAAAAUUAAACUUGCCACAUGCAAAAACCUUUGCGGCAGUUCAUCUGUGAAAGAGACUUAACUGUGCAGGGCAGCAUUUACAAGGAAUGUCUAAUUGCAGCUAACUACAGUCACACCAUGUUUUAACAGUUACAAUUGACUCGUGAAUACAUUCGUUAUAUCUAAUAUUCGCUAUAAGCACGUGUUUGUUACAAAUUAAUAGUGGCAAAACAUUCUAGAUUUACUUGAUUAUAUACAAGAAUUCGUUAUAUCCAGUAAUUCGUAUAUCCCUGCUCUUUGUUCAGUAUCGAAGUUGGACUAUAUUUAAUUGAUGAUUACUCGACAACUGAGUAAGAUGACUUUUACAUGUGAUAGCCUGCAUAUUGAAACUAAAUUAAGCCCUCGUUAUAGUGAAUUCAUUUGGACAGGAAAUGGCAUUCGUUAUAAACUGUACUUUGUUAAAAGCGGAGAUGCCCCAAGAGAACUAUAGAAAUGCUUGAAGUGCACUCCAACCGCUUGGAGGCUUGUAAAGCUGCACUGAAGCAAAGCCUACUUGAUAGUUGUGACACGACAUUCGCGAAAUUCUGCUGACGUUCGUAAGCAGUUUCGUCAUUUGUCUAUUAUGAUUGUGCAAUGCAGUUUGUCUGGAGGAGCAGCAUUUGGCAGAGUGAUCUUCACAGUGCUCUUUGACACUCCGGAUCAGUUUAAAGAAGCGCAAAGGGUCUAUGCUGUACUGAGUAAAUCCCGUGUGCAGAUUUCAUGCUUCGCACUUCAUACUGAACGGUCUGGUGACACUGCAUUUUGAAUAAUCUGUUCUGAAAUGCAUGCGCUGCAGUUGGGACCACAAGAAACUUUAUUUAAUGUAACAAUCAUUAUGAGAGACAUUGCAGACGACGGGACCAGAAAUGCGCAGGACAGAUGCGCUGACCUGGGCUGGGAUAGUGUAGUGAUUCUAUUAAAAUGUUAUUCUUUUUUGUUUUUUUUUCACGCUUCUCCAGUGGUCAGAUUGGCUCUCCAACCACGUUAUCACUGGAAUCGGGGAGCCACAGAUGAUAAGACAGGAAUGAUAUCAAACGAAAUUAAUUCUUACAUUAUCCCAGCGCUAUCUGUAUUUCUGGUCCCAUUGUCCGCUCUGUUUGCCAUGUUGAACGAAAACCAACUAGCCCAUCUUUGUAACUUUUGCAGAGCUGAAUCAAGCAAUAUUUUGAAGGAAGCAAUUUUAUUAUGAGAGUUUGUCGUAUGUUUCUGCGUGUACUGUGCAAACCUUACUUUCGCAAACGUUGCGGGAACCACAAAGAACAUUUGACCGAGCUUCCUGUACCAUGUGCCUAGCAGCCUCGUAUUAAGAACCAGUCAAAGCUUGUGUGGAACAUUAAAAUGAAACCUGCGGUUAUUUAUUGGUCGUUUCGUUGAAAUUACAAGGUAUUUCAGGCACAUUUAAAUUAUUUGUGUAAAAAAAAAUGUAUCUUUCAACAGGACAUUAUUUACGAAUGGACUGCAUAUUUUGAGGUUUGGAAAGUACAACAGGGCAAAAACCGGUGUUGCUAGGCAAUAUUGCCACACGAUGACGUCGUAAAUCGAGUACACACCUGAAAAACAUUUGUAGAACUAAAUUUUCUCGGACUGAGUUUGUUCACCUUAAAUUUUUUUCAAAGGGUUCAGCAUAGGACUCGCAAUGAAUUUUAGGCCACUUUGUUCAACUGGAAUUCUUUGUUCGAUUGAAUUUCCACAAAGUGAUGUUUUACUCUUCAUUAAAGAAAAAUUUUACGGGAACAUGAGCAUUAUGAGUAAAUAAUAAAGGCACUUCAGCGGGGAUGGAAUCCGGGCCCUCUUGACUUUGAUCCUGACACUGAACCGGUUGCAUAAUUGGGACAUCUUGGCACGCACCAAGACAAUUCAAUCUUUUCUAAUACAGUGCACUGUUCACAUGCCACCCACCGCACUCCAGUGGCUACAACAUCUGAUGGCGGGACAAUCUACAAAAUAUCGCUUUAAUGAGGGAGCCCCAUGUACAAACCUCUUCGGGCUAAACCGCUGGCUUCAUUUCUCAAAAUUUUUUCCCACAAGGGGCAUUUCGUGGUUGCCUAGUAACGCAGUAGUAGCCAGCUUCAUUCACUAUAAACCAGGUGUUCAUGUCAUUUGUAACAGUGCCAGAAAGUGGAAAAUGAAAAAAUUUUCAAAAGUGGAGCCAUCAGGUGCUUGCUGUCCUUCGCAUUCUGUAUUCUCUGUCAAUAACGUUUUGUCCUCUGAAACUGCGCUGAACACCAUUCCUCUCACUCAAAAAAUUCUGUUCUUGCUCCAACAUUGCCACAAACAGCACAUACCUCUUGACUUGUUCCGGAAAAAACAAGUGUGUACUAAAUUCAACCAUUUUUUAGCGAAAUCCUCCAAAGUGCAAAAUUAGAGUACAGGCAAGUCGUGGCCUAAUUUUGAAGAACAGGGGUUGUAUUCUCGGUUGUCUGCUUUCGGGGAUUCAAUCACUUUUGUGAGAUAUUGCAUGUCUAUUGGUGAACGUAUUAGCAUCUACGAGCGACAGCAUUUUUGGCACAAAGCCAAGAACGUCGUUCAGAACAGUGCAAUAAAAGCUGUCGCCCAUACAUUGUAGGGCACGCCAACACGUCCAGUGCUAGUCACGCAAAAUCUCGCAAGCGUGAUUGACAGAGACUGCCACCGGUGUUUACAGUGGAUUCCCUUAUUGGCACAACAUUCAGUGGUGUCGUGACGAAUUGUGUGUGACGGCAGCGAAGAGAGAGAGAGAGAGAGCGCAUGCUCAAAUGCAUUCACAGUUGCCGCCUGUAACGCUGCAAGUGCAUGCUGCAACAGUCAACCUCGGGUGGUUGUUGUUUUGUAUGCUAAACACUUUUUUCGAUGAAGCAGCAAUGCAGCAUUGUCCUAAUAGUUUGGUGCAGCACCAAGGUUUUUGCUUUUCAGCUUAAAUGUGGGCGUUUCCUGUUAUAUCAGGCUGGACCGUACGGUUGGCCAGAAACGUUUACAAAGGCACGGGAUUUUCAAAGAAGCUUAAUUUCCCAGGAAGCCCAGGCUCGUCGCCCUAAAUUCAAAGUGUCCACCUCUAGUAUAUAGUUCUUGCAACCUGCACACUGGUCCACGAAAAAUUGGAAGCGCCAUACAUUAACAAAGCUGAAAUUCACAUUUCUCGGGGAACCUGUGCCCCGUAAACUUACGUGUAUCACUGUACGUACAACAAGAAGUAUACGCGUGUGACUGUGCACUGCUUUGCUUCCUCACUUUCACUGGAGGGAUGAGGAAAUCUUCCUUCUCGGAGGUGUCGUCAUAUAAGGAAGGCACUGCGCAUUCCGCGCAGCAUUUCUGGAUAAUGUUUUCACAUCAGGCAUGUGCACUUGUCAACCUCGAUGCUUUACGUGUUUAGCAAUGUUGUUGCUGCCCUUGUUUGUUGUGCUUUGUGAGGCAAGCAGUGCGAGGGGGAACAGGCGAUUGGCGUUGAGAUGCCAGUUUCAUGUUAUCGGCACUUUCCAGACCGCUGAUCACCUGUUUCUUCUUGCAGUGGCCUGCCUUCUGUACAUGUUCUCACGCACAGUCUCUUUUGAAUAUGCAUUGGUGGUCUUUGCUUGUAAGGCAUCUUUCAUUGCAUGAUUGGUACACUGCUAGCACUACAUCACAAUGCAAACCAGUUCAAGAACUGUUGUGGGUCACUAUGGGACCACUAGAAACCGCUUUUGGUUCUGUGGGCAAUGACGGGAUUUUUUUUUUUUUGGUCAAGCUUGUACUCUGUUAUAUCUGAGUUGUGUUUCUUCACUCCUCUUUUAACGGGUGAAAAUAUACUGUUUCGACAACUCUAGAAUGGUUAUUAAGAUAAGUUUGUACCUGCUUGCGUGUACAAUGAGUAAAAUCUACAACACUGAAACUGGCUGGUUUAUUGGUUGUUAGCAAAAGUAAUCAACAGUCUGCAUUCAUUGAAGUUAGCAGACCAUACAGGGUAGCAGAAAAAUGACAGUGACGCCUCGAGAAGCACUGCUGACGUCAAUUUCUGCAGGACAUUGUGUAUCAAACAUUGCAUGCCUUGCAAUGCAGCUUUUGCUAAUCGCAUGCAGUGCUUAGCCAGUUGUGGGGUCUUCCCCAUGACGUUGGUCUACAUAUUUUGGAGAUGCCAUCUUUGCAUUGCCACCAUGGUACAUCUAUUGCUGGUAUUACUUCACUUCGAGUUCUUGGAAGAAACAUGAUAUAGUCCCUAGCUAAGGAUUGUAAACCUAAACUGCGCUAGCUGACGACGACACAAAACGACAGCAGACUGCUCAAAAAUGCAAUUUUUGACUGAUUUCUUCAAAAUCAUUAUUUUAGUCCCUGCUUGUGCCGUCAUCUCUUUGCGCAUUUAAGCUUUGCAUCGGUGAACCAACCUUCACAAAUCUCUCUUUGUGACGAAUGUGGUAAUCAAGGUUUGACUUCCCUGGUUUUUUCCUUUUCUUUUGGCACUUGUUAUGGCACUCUGUUAUUUAAUCAACUUAUUCAACUCGCUCUUAGCAACUAAAAAUAUGUGAAUGAAUUAUCUGAAGUUGAAUAAAAUGCAGUUCAAAACAGAA